AUGGCUAAGUUCCAGGUUGACCCCUCCUCUGAGAGUUCCUCUGUGAAUGGUGAUGCAUCUCCGCGCACUCCUCCAACUCCAUGUCUACAGGGACAGGUCAAUGGGACCUACGGCACUAGCAUGCUCUGCACUCGGUGCGUAGAAAUGCGUAGCUUGUCUGACUUCAACUCCAAUGCCACGUCUAGUCUCUUUGGCCAGCCUAAGAGUGAUAGGCCUGACUCCAAUGCCACGUCUAGUCUCUUUGGCCGGGCUAGGAGUGACAGGCCUAACUCCAGCUCCAAUGCCACGCCUAGUCUCUUUGGCCAGGCUAAGAGUGACAGGCCUGACUCCAAAUUGGAUGCCCCUGCUCCUUUGUUUGGUGCUCCCUUUUCUGGUGCUCCUCCAAGCAAUACUCCAACUCAGCGGUCAGCACCCUGCGAUACGUGCUACUUGUCUUCUUGCUUUUGUCCUAAGAACGGCAAACCUGAAUCCAAUGCCAGUGCCUCUACUUCCCUAUUUGUUCCUCGCUGCAAGACGUGCAAUAGGGCUUUCUGUUUGUGUCCUGAGGACAAAAAGCCCGACUCUAAAUCGGAUGCCCCUGCUGCCCGCUCUGAGGCUUCUCCAUGCACCGGAGACAUUCCUAUAAGUCAGCGGAAAUGGACUUUCUGCACUAAGUGUUACUCGCUUUUCUGCCCUAAUGCCACUACCACUGUCGGCCCUCCGCUCUGCCUUACGUGCCGCAAGCCUGACUGCCUCGGCGGUCUACACAAGCCUGGCACUUACCGGCACCCCCCUAGCUCGCCUAAGAGUGGUUAUGUGCCCAAGCCUGGGUCUCUAUUCACGUCUGGCUCGCCCAAUUCCGAUGGCUUUCCCAAGGGUGAUAACCCUGACUUCAAAGCCCUUAACGCCAAAUUUGAUGACCUUGGCGCCAAAUUUGAAGCUCUUGAAGCCAAAUGUGAUGACAUUGGCGCCGUUUUUGAUGCCCUUGGCGACAAAAGGGAGGCCCUACGUUUUUUCAUGAAGUCCGAAUUUGAGAGUCUGGGCUCCAAAUUUGAUGUUCUUAUCCGCAAUAUGAAUGAUGUUGUAAAGAAGCUCUGA